CAAUAAUUCGAGCUCAUCUUUCCCACACAGCCUCCCUCUUCUCACUGCACGAAACCAAAGAAUCCAUAGCCACAUCCAACCCUGUGUUUAUCUGCAACUUCACAGCUCCCCAAGAAUACCAGAUCUCCCACUGCUCACCACCAUGGGCUUCAGCUCCAAGGCCAUGGCAGUCUCCUCCGCCCCCCUUAGCGUCUCCCGAAUCCUCUGGGAGUCCCUCCACCUCCCCAUCAAGUCUGGUCAACUCCUCUUUCCCCUCAUCCUCUUCUCCCUCCUCUCCUCUUCCCUCUUCUUUUACUGCUUCUACUCCAUCGCCCCAAUCCCCCUCGAUUUAGUCUCCAAGAUCUCAAUCCUCAUCAAGGAAACAAAGCACCGCCCUCCCAACCUCCUCCUUGACAUUGAGAGGGACCUCAAAGACUUCGCUGGCCUGGCAUCUGUGAUCACUCUCUUCUUCUUCUUCUGCUACUUGUUCCUUGCGCUGGCCACCCUGUACACCUUUGCCAUGGCUCACAUCGACAUUGACUUGACGCCUAAUGACCUCCUCCUCCGGAUCUCUCGCCGCUGGUACCAAACUAUGAUCACAAGGUUCUAUAUAGUCCUCCUCACCAUCGGCAUCGGGAUCCUGUCUUCGCUCGGUGUUGCCACCGUCUUGUUGGAGGCCGAUGUCUCAAGACCUGUCUUCAGAUUUGGCGUGAGCUUGGCGAUCCUCUCAUUUCUUCUGUAUCUUUAUCUGUCGACCCGAUGGUCGAUGAGUCUGGCGAUCACCGCCGUGGAGGAGACGUGGGGGAUCGGCGCGCUGUCCUGGUCCGUGGAGCUCUACAUAGGCAACAAGAAGCGAGGGAUGGUUCUCACCCUCAUGCUGUUGGUCGUCAAGGUGGCGAUCUACGGCGCAUUUGCUGCGGUCAUCACGGCUUCAUGGCCACCUCGGUCGAAGGAGUCGCCAAUGGGGAUCGGAUGCAUCAUCGCGGCCGUGAACGGGCUGUGGGACCUGUACUCCAUGGCCGUGUACACCGUGUUCUACUACGAGUGCAGGAAGAGCCAUGGAUUGGACUGCUCUGGCUUCUCUGUUGCUCCUGUGAGAGUCAACGCACUGCAAUGAGAUCCGAGCUACUACAAGACGCUUAUCGUGUGUGUUCAUUGUGCCUUGAUCUUGUUGUUAUAGUGUCAUAUUACAAUCUUAUUGUGUCAAAUAAGUAAAUGGACAUGCACCAGUUUUGGAGUAUGAAGUGUUCAUACAUCAAUGAUAUGAGAUCUACUGCUGGAUUUGGAUUGUUGCUGCA